AUGGCCGACGAAGCUGCCACCACCCCGCGGUCCGUCGCCGACCCGGGCACGGCGACACCAACCCUGGCGCCAGGCACCGCGACAGGCACUGCCACGCCGCAGUCCGCCAUCUCGAUCCCACUGACGGCCGAGCAGCGUACCCUGAGCCUCAAGGUCUCGCUCGCCGACCUUACCGCGCGCGCCUCGGGCCUGUACGCCCAGAAGAAAUUCGACGAGGCCGCCGAGGUCUACGCGCAGGCCGCCGAGAUGCAGGCCGAGAUGAACGGCGAGAUGUCGCCCGAGAACGCAGAGAUCCUGUUCCUGUACGGGCGCAGCCUGUUCAAGGUCGGCCAGGGAAAGAGCGACGUCCUCGGCGGCAAGGCCCCCGCGACCGAGGGCGGCAAGCCCAAGCAGCAGCAGAAGAAGGCCCCCAAGAAGGCCAACGGCGCGCCCAAGUCCGAGCCGGCAGCCGAGGCAGCAGCGGCGGCGACCGCGGAGGAGAAGAUCGAGACCCCGGAGGCGGAUAGGGUCGCCCAGGAGGCGGUCAAGAUAAUCGCGGACGACACGAGUGCCGGCCAGGCGGAGAAGAAGGAGGUCGAGGCCAAGAAGCCCCUGUUCCAGUUCACGGGCGACGAGAACUGGGUCGACUCGGACGAGGAGGACGACGCCGGUGCAGAAGGAGAGGGCGACGAGGAGGAAGAAGAUGACGAUCUUGCCACAGCCUUUGAGAUUCUCGACCUGGCUCGCGUGCUGCUGAAGAAGCGGUUGGAGGAGAAACAACUCGCGGCAGAGGCCACAGAAGGCAAAGGUAAAGAGAAGGCCGAGAAUGGCGACGACGAUAACGACGACGGCCAAGAUGUUGGCCUCAGACAUAUCAACGAGCGCCUAGCGGACACGCAUGAUAUCCUAGCAGAGAUCUCCCUCGAGAACGAACGGUACCCUAACGCGAUCGCCGACGCCCGGGAGUCCCUCAAGUACAAGCAGCAGCUGUACGGCGAGGACUCGGAGAUCAUCGCCGAGGCGCACUUCAAGCUCUCGCUGGCGCUCGAGUUCGCGUCCGUCACGGCCCAGGCGGACGAGGAGGGCACCGGCGACACUGCGGCGGCCGCCCCACCGCGCGAGGUCAACCAGGAGCUACGCGACGAGGCGGCCAAGGAGCUCGAGGCGGCCAUCGAGAGCACCAAGCUCAAGCUGCAGAACAAGGAGGUCGAGCUCGCGACGCUGCACUCGCCCGAGGACAACGACAUCUCGCGGAAGCAGAUCACCGAGACCAAGGAGAUCAUCGCCGACAUGGAGCAGAGGCUGGUCGACCUGCGCGGCCCGCCCAUCGACAUGAAGGCCGCCCUCGGCGUCGACCCCAUGGGCGGCAUCCUCGGCGCGGCGCUGGGCGAGUCGUCCACCGAGACCGAGGCGCGCAUCGAGGAGGCCAAGAAGACGGCCACGGACCUGACGGGUCUCGUGCGCAAGAAGGACAAGCGCAAGGCCGAGGGUGGUGCCGAGGGGCAGGAGGGCGAGGAGGAGCCGAGCAAGAAGGCCCGCACGGAGGAGGAGACCGCCACCUCGUGA